AUGAUGAAAUAUAUAGCAGUACUCCUUUAUUUAUCAUUUAUUUUAAUUAUUCAAAUCCAUCAACAGCAAGCUACUCCAAUAUAUUUCUUGGACACAGACAAUACUCAUAAUUAUUCAUCAUUGUUGGAUGAAACAAUCAAUGAUACUGAUCUUAGAAGACAACAACGUCGUAAUGAUCAUUAUUUGAAACGUUUUGCAAAUGACCUUUUUCAAUUCCAACAACAUCGACGAUUUGGUAAUACUAAAUACGGUCGUAGUAUACAUCAAAAUUAG